AUGAACUCAGACACUGACGCAUUUAAGGACAUAAGAAUUUCAUGCGUUGAACUUUCCAGGACCGCCUUUUUACCUACUGAAUCGUUUGAUGCGAAUUCAUUAAAAUUGCUAGCAUGCCUGAAAAAAGUUGAAGAAAAGUUGUCAAGUUACGAAGACGAUUCGCUUACGCCAAAAUUUGCAGAUUAUGUUUUUGUUCCUAUAGCAAGCUUAUUAAAACAGCCAAGUCUCGGUGAAUCUCAAACAGAAUAUGUUCUACUGAUUAUAUCUCAUCUGUUACGGAUAUGUUGGUCAUCUAAUGGAAAAUUUCCAAAACAAUUAGCGGAUCAGUUGUUCCCUUUGGUUACAUUCUUAAUAAGCUCUGAUAAAGAAAAUCUCAAACUAGGCUCUAGGUCAGACGAGUUUAAAUUUGCUGGUUGUCUAGUUCUCUACCAGUUUUUCAGUUCAAUAAAAUCGCAACAGUACCAUGAUGAGUUCUUUUCUACCUCGGGUUUUAAUUUACUUCCCACUCUAGGACAUUCUAUUACUAUCCUUUUGAAAAUUUUGGAGCAAUCGCCUCAAAAUAAUGAGCUUCAGUUAAAGGUUUUAGCAUCUUUGGAAAUACUGUUUCAGGACAUAAUAUCCGAUGGUGAAAUGCUGUCAUUUAUACUUCCAGGGAACGUUUCUGUUUUCUCCAAGAUACUGACGAAACCAGGGCGUCAAAUACAUUACAAAGUGUGUGUUCGUACAUUAGAGGUUCUGGGGAAAUUGUUAGUAUUAGUUUAUGAUGACUUUAGUUUACAAAUUCAAAUAAAUAAACUAACAGACAUUCGAGAAUUAGGUAACAUGGAUUUUAAAUCCGAGCAAGAUCAACCAUUUUCGUUUAAUGAUCCUAUCGUUCUUUCACAAAAAGAUGGCGAAACCAAUGAGAAAACUCAUCGGGACACAAGCUGGUUGAGAGCAACUUCAGGUCAAAUUAAGAUUGCUUUAGAGGCCUUUAUACCCAAGUUACUUACACGUAAUAACGACGCAAUAAAUGAAGCACUGGCAAUGUUUGUUUCAAGUUUGCUAGUCAGAUGUGAAAAGUCCCUACAUAAUUGUGAGCAUGUGUUCGUGUCUACCCUAGUAAAUUUACAACGAGAUACCAUGUUUAUUUUACCUUCACAUUUGGAUAAAUUAAAGGAGGUUCUCAAUGAGGAUCUGCACAAUCUAAGUGAUAUCAUUCGAUUUGACCGCGCUGGUAAAUUAUCAGCUUUAGCAUUUGCAAUGAACAGCCUACACAAAAAUGAAGGCAAAGAUAUAGUGGUCAAUCAAAUGGUUAAAUAUUUAUUUGAUUCCGUUAAUGAAUCGAUUGAACCUCCAAAUUUGAUCAAUGAUAAAGAGAAAAUAAUCGAACAAAGCGGCCAAAUAACAACUACGGUGAAUUUCCAAAAAUUAAUAUGUAAAAAUGAGGUGGUUGUUUUGCCAAGAUUGUCAAAAGAUAUGUCGUUAAACCUGCAAAAGUUUGGACGUCAUAUGGGAUCUUUGUUAUCAGAGAAGAAUGUCCUAAACGAUACGGCGAUGGAUUUGAUUUCAGGUCAAGUUGAUUCGCCAAGAACACAGAAGAUAGUGGCGGUGUGGUUAAGUAGUAGUUUUCUCAAGGGGGUAGUAAAUCCCCCAAAGCAGGAAGACGAUUACCUACGAUUUCAGUCAAGUGUGAUCGAUUCCGGUUCCAUGGUUGAAGAGGCAUGCUUAACGCUACUGGAAUUUUGUAGCGAACUUUCUCAAGAUAUUAGUAUGGAAAUUGAAGGAAAGGGCAUCAAAAGAAAUGAUGAAUUCGCGAUAUGUACAAUUUUAUCCUCUAUUGAAACAAUUUGUUCUCUUAUGAAAAAUGAUUUCCAACCUGAACUGAUUGACUACAUAUAUAUCGUUAUUGAUGGCUUGGCGUCGCCCUCUGAAGGCAUUAGGCAUUCCAGUCAAUCAUGCGCGUUGACCAUAGCGGAAACUCUAUAUCAUGGAUCUGUUCCCGACAUGAUAUUAAGCAACGUAGAUUACCUGGUGGAAGCUAUUUCUUCGAGAUUGCAUUCUGGGAUGACUGAAAGGGUGAGUAAUAUAUUGAUGGUGAUUUGUCAAUUGGCCGGCUAUGAAACUAUUGAAAGCUUCAAAGACGUUAUUGAAACGAUAUUCAAACUCCUCGACUAUUAUCAUGGAUAUAGUGACUUGUGUCUUCAAUUUUUCCAAUUAUUUGAAGUUAUUAUUUUGGAAAUGAAAAAAAAAUACAUCAACGAUGACGAGAUGAUUUUGAAAAUAGCGGAUCAGCAUGUUUCACACAGCACAUUUUCACCCUGGGGUAUGACCAAUUUUGAGCAGGUACUUAGUAUACUAGAUAAAGAGGCACGGGCUAAAGAUGACACAAUGGAUGAGAACGAUGUAGGGUUCUCAAAAGAGGACAAUGGGUCCAGUAAUUUCCAAGAAUAUUUUGACUCCAGGUUGAGAGAGCCAGAUAGCGACGACGAAGAGGAAGGAGAAUUGGAAGGUGAAAAUUCGGAUAACGAUGCUGAUGAGUGGACUUCUCCUUUACCGCGGGACUCAUAUAAGAUAUUACUGCAAAUUUUGAGCUAUGGGGAGAGAUUACUUACGCAUCCAUCAAAACGGUUGCGAGUGCAGAUUCUGCUUGUCAUGAGGCUUAUUUUUCCCUUAUUAGCCACGCAACAUAAUCUGCUUAUAAGAGAGGUUGCCAGCACAUGGGACUCUAUCACACAGUGCGUGAUAUGUACAGACUAUUCAAUAGUCCAGCCAGCAUGUGUGUGUGUGGAGCAGAUGAUUAGAUAUUCUGGUGACUUUGUCUCCAAGAGAUUUAUUGAGCUUUGGCAGAAAUUGUGCAAGGACUCCUUCAUUUUGAAGGAGUUGAGACUCGAUCCCACAGUGCAUAAUAAUGGGGAAAAAAUGGUGGGCCAACGAAAGAAGUUCCCGCCAGUAACUGAAACCGCGCUGGUGUCAAUGGUGCAUAUGGUGCUGGAGGGUGUCAAGAUCACGGAGUACUUAGUCUCUGAGGCGGUACUAGAACAAAUAAUAUAUUGCUGUAUGCAAGUAGUGACGACGGAGGAGAUAUCGGCUAUAUCGUUGAUAAUGGGUGAUAUUGUGUGGAAAGUAAGAAGUAUACAUUGA